GAGACAGACAGAGCGCACACACACACACACACAGACACAGACAGAGAGAUACAGACAGAGCGCACACACACAGACUGACACGCAACCAGACAGACAGACAGACAGACAGAGCGCGCGCGCGCACACACACACACACACACACACACACACACACACACACACACACACACACACACACAGACCGUCGCACAGUAAACACCCUGUGAGACCUUGUGAUAUUUUACAUUUAACACCUUUUUUCGGUCCCGGAUGUAAAACUGGGCUUCAGAUUAAAACCCGUUCCGGAUUCAGUGGCGUUUAAACGGAGUUUUCCAAGAAGCCUUGAAGGUGAGCACAAGUUUCCUGGCACGAUGGCCAUGGUUCAGAACAACCGUGAGAGGGACCAGGCUCUGCUCAGAGUCCCAGUGAAGAGGCUGAUGCGCGAGAGGCAGAUAGAAGCAGCGCCCAUAAAGAAGCGUGUGAUGGCAGCACUUAAUUUGUCAUGCAAAAAGGCCUCUGAGUUUUCUUUGUCUUUGUCAUCAUCAAGGACUCCUGUUAUAAAGACCGAACAUGUAGAGAAGGACUCAGAGUUUCUUAACUAUCAGCACAUCUCGAAGGGACAGGAUGGACGAGACAGCGCUCUGGACCUGAGCCCGGCUUUGAGACACACUCUGGCCCAGUUUACUCUGAGCAGCCAGUGUUCUUUAGGAGGCCCUGCUGCUUUUUCUGGUCAGUUCAGCCAGGAGAAGGUGGCUCCGUCCCUCAGCCAGGCCAGCGUGGCAGUUGGGCCCUUACUGGUGCCUCCUGACAGCUCCACAGAGCUGGUGCUGUGCACGCUGGAAGGUGAAUCCAUUUCCUGCUUCUCAGUGGGUGGUGAGCUGCGUCUGUGUUUGCCUCAGGUGCUCAACACAGUGCUGCGUGACUUCUCCCUGCAGCAGAUCAACUCUGUUUGCGAUCAGCUCUAUGUCUAUUGCUCACGCUGUAAUGCUUCCCAGCUGCAUGUCCUCAAAGUGCUGGGCGUCCUCCCUGCCGGCGCGCCGUCCUGUGGCCUCAUCACCCUCACUGACGCCCAGAGGCUCUGCAACACUCUGCUCCACCCGGGCGACAACGUCCCUGCUGGCCCGCAUAAAGGCCACCGGCUCGCUGAGGAAGAGGAGCGAGAAGCCGAGGAAGCUGGAGGGUUCUGGGUGGAGCAUCAGUGCCUGGGCAAGUGCCAAGGCCUGUUCGUUCCUCGCCUCUACGCCACUCCAGGUGCUCAGUGCAUCCGAUGCUCACAGUGCCGGCGGCUUUUUUGUCCCGAACGCUUCGUCAUGCACUCGCACCGGCAGCCAGACAAGCGGACAUGUCACUGGGGCUUCGACUCCGCCAAAUGGCCAUGUUACCUACAAUUGGGCCGACGGUACCAAGGCACGGCUAAUGGGGGGAAACUGGAGCAGCUUCUGGAGACCAUGAAACUGAAGUUCAGUGGAAUUAAUCUGGACGUGAAGACGUCACAUCUGGAGACUGAUGAGGGGUUAAAUCUGUGUCCUGGUAAAGAGAAAGUGUGUGAGAGUGCUUCAGAGAGAAAGGUGGUGGCGGGGGCAGCUUUCCCGGGGUACGUGUUUGACCCAUGUGUCCUCACCAACCUGAAGGAGGAUCCCAGGCACCUCGACCUCAUGUGGCAAAGUUGGUAUCUUUACAUGCACGAUAAGCUGAAUGUCUCCAGCUCGGCCCUGGACUCUGCACAAGCUGCUGAUAAAGACGACGACACACCAAGAGCAGAGAUGCUGAAACCUGUGAAAAAAGCGCCUGAAGCAGCAGCAGAAGGGGGCAAAAAAACAAGUUGCCUGGUGAGCCAAUCACAGCGCAGCGAUCCGGACGAGCGGCCCAGGGUUUCCAUGGAAACACCGGCAUGUGAAAAGUCUUUGGAGGAGAACAAGGACAGCAUGGUGGUGGAGGUGCUUCACAUGUACAACGCUCAGCAGGAAAAGCUGCAGUCCACAAUACGCAAGCAACAGCAGCUGGAAAAGGAGCUGCAGACUCUGCGCAAGGCCGAUGCAGACGAGCUGGGGGAGGUGCAGAUGGAGCUGCAGACAGAGCAUGCUCAGAAGAAGGAGGUGGAGCAGGAGGAGCAGAAGAGGCUUCAGUGCAGUGUGGAGCAGCAGCAGAGCUGUAGGUGUAGAGAACAGCAGGAGAACCGUUACGCUGCACAGUUGUUGGAGCUGCGCCAGAGGUUGGACCGUGCUGAGGAGGACCGUGAGGAGCUGCAGGAGGAGCUGAGACGUGAGCGAGAGGCUCGGGAGAAGCUGGAGAGGAUCAUAUCUGAGCUCAGACAGCAGAUGAAGGAGUCGGUUCCUCCGUCAGCACUCGACAGCCCGCUCUCCAACUCAUCCAGUGACAUCCUGAUGUCUCCUGCGCCGUAACAUCCCUAUUAUUUUAUUACACAUAACCAUUUCACAUUUCCAGACAAUUCCUCAAGAAUGUUACGUUUUCUGCAGCACACGUCAUUAUUUCGUCUAGACAAAUGUAAACAAAACCAAACAAAAAAAGUAUCUCCUGGAUUUUUUUUGUGAUUAAAAGCAUUACCUGCUUUUUACGUCACUUUUUUUGAGUAUGCAAAUUUUCAUGCAUGUAUAUGAACCUGAGUGUGUGUGUGUGUGUGUGUGUGUGUGUGUGUGUGUGUGUGUGUGUGUGUGUGUGUAAAAACUUCUCACAGUUUAAUUCUCAGCGUUGAUUAUUAUCCCGUGCGCUGACUACUGUUAGAAAAAAAAAAGAUUUCAUUUCUUUUAAAAGAUGUAACGUGCUAAUGUUUAUUAAAAUAAAGUAUUUAUUACAUUGUUUUAUUGCUAGAUGUUAUUGUGAGCAAACCUUUAUUAAACAAAAUGAUAUGCUGAUAGGUAAAAGGUACGCAAAUGUUUAAUUUCAUGUUAUGGGAUAUUUUUGUGCCAUUUUUCCGACAUUCCACCUCUCGAUCUUCUUCUCUUUAUAUCAUAUUAGACCUUUUACUUUCUGCCCCUGUAAGCCAUGUACGCACAGUCUGAAUGUAAGAUAUCGUACGUAUGCAUGUGCGCUGAAUUAUAUAUGGAUUAUAUUAACUGAGUUUACACCAUGGUAUAAGUUUUUAAAAAGAAUUCUGUACAUAAACGUUUUGUAAAAUGUUGCGUUCUCGAUUCUCUGUGAUUAACUUUCUGUUUUAAAAUUUUUAACAAAUUUAACAUAAAAGCGGAGAACAUUAAAGGUCGGUCUUUAUCGUCAUUUGAUAGGAAACGAUAUUAAAGUGUGUGUGUUAUCAGUUUAGAUGAACAGGGUUUAUUAUACAGAAGUGAAGACGUUAGCGUGCGGCGAGAGCAGCGGGUCUCACAUCCACGCUGCGACUCUCCGUGACAAUCAGACAGAAGACUUAAAGGCGGAGCUGAUGACGUUGUUCCUACCUCAGAUGAAUGGUGUAUAAGCUGUGUAUCUGUUUUCAUACAGUGUGGACUGAUGGAGCGCUAAAAUUACCUCUGUGCUGUUUCUAUGCUGCUUUAUGAGCGAAGUGUUCUGGGCUUUUUCAUGUCAGCAGCUCAUCGACUGAUGCAUGUGGAAUAUAAAGAGAUUUCUUUCUUUCUUUCUUUCUUUCUUUCUUUCAUGUCGUCAUGUGUGCUGAUGUUUUCUUUGUGUCACUCUCACAGUUUUGUACGUCACUAGAAUUGAUUAGAUUAUAAUUUAUCCUUGAGAUUAACAAUAAAAAUACUCUAUUUAACUGA